AUGAACAGGAGUCCAUGCAGGUCAUUACAGCAGAAUGUCACUGCCACGAUUUCGCUAUGCUCGCCGACCUUUAACUCGGGGUGACGUCACCUUGUUGUCAGCUGAGCAUUGCAAACAGCAAUGGAAGGAGCCGGUUUUCAACCACGUUCUGUAACAUCGUGAUACAAAUAUUUACUAAUGAUGGACAUGGAGCCAGACGCACAGGUUACCGAUAACACCCCGGCAGAUCAUGUAGGUAGUAUUCGUCCUAAACAUGCAACAUUCCUUGAAGAAAAAACGAAGCAGGCAGAAAGAGACAGCGACUCCACAAAACAAAAAUCAGCAGGAGGGUCAUGUCCUGUUUCAGAGCCUGGCACAGAGAGCAAAGCUGCCAACUGUGCUCCAGAGCGAGGUAUAGCUCCAGACAUACAGUCACGAAGCCCCAAAUCGCAUUACGCUAUGUCCCGGGAUCCUCAGCCCCAUGAUGAGCUCGCCAAGCUUGCAGGAGCAGAGCCAGCUGAAGCGCUCAAUAUCCAGACUCGAGACAACGCUAAUCCACCCAGAUCUCACCAGAGCAAACUGAAUAAUCACACUGACUCUUCAGCUAACGCACAAUGCCAACCGCAGACAGCACCUGAGCAGUUGACAAAGAUGUCUGCAAGGGACCAGGCUGAAGCCUCUCCGUCUUCCACCAGCUCUUUUGAAAUCAUUGACAUGGACACCGUGCCGUCUCUAUAUGAACCUGUCCAGCCCCACUGGUUCUAUUGCAAGCGGGCAGACUCCAAAGACACCUGGCUGCCGUUCAGCAGGGAAGAUUCUCAGAAGCUCGAGGAAGCUUAUAACUCCGGUGAAGACCCGAAGAGUAUAAUCGUUGCCACAGAGGGGGAGCGGUAUGAUGUGCGACUGGCAGAGAGGAUGCAAUACCCGGUCUACUGGGAACAGGCAGCUACAGAGGUCCGGAGGUGCAGCUGGUUCUAUAAAGGAGACAAAGAUAGCAAAUUCCUCCCCUACCCUGAGGACUUCAGUGAGCAGUUAGAGGAGGUGUACAUGAUCGCAGUGACACUGGAUGAGUGGAAGAAGAAGCUGGAGUUUCCUACAGGAGAGACAGUUAUUUUGCACAACCCAAAGCUAAUAAUGCAGUACCAGUCGAUUGGGCUGCAGGAUGAUUGGGCGUCUUCUCCCCCAGAGCAGACUCGUCCGAGGACCGUGAAGCGGGGGAUUGAGAGCAUCGCAGUCGAAAUCCCUGAAGGAGAACCUGAACAAGUGGACCACUUAGUCUUCAUGGUUCAUGGAAUCGGGCCAGCCUGUGAUCUUCGUUUUAGAAGCAUCAUUCAGUGUGUGAAUGACUUCCGGAGUGCCUCUCUCAGCCUGCUGCAAACACACUUCAGGAAAGAGCACGAGGAGGAGCGGAUCGGCCGGGUGGAGUUCCUUCCUGUCAACUGGCACAGUGCCCUUCACGGGGAUGCCACAGGAGUCGAUAGUGACAUUCAGAGGAUAACGCUGCCUAGCAUCAGCAGACUACGGCACUUCACCAAUGACACACUGCUGGACCUGUUCUUCUAUAACAGCCCCACCUACGCCCAGACCAUCGUGGACACUGUCUCCUCUGAGGUGAACCGCCUCCACAGCCUCUUCCUGCAGAGGAACCCGCAAUUCAGAGGGGCCGUGUCUGUGGCAGGGCACAGCCUAGGUUCUCUGAUCCUCUUUGACCUUCUAACUAACCAAAAGAGUACUCAAGACAGUAGUAACCCUCAAGAGGUGAAAGUAAGAAGUGCCUCUCUCAGAGAAGAAGCUCAAAGCCUUGAUGAAGCCCUUCAGAAGAUGGGGCUGUCAGAGUAUAUCAGUGUAUUCAGAAAAGAGCAGCUGGACAUGGAGUCCCUGGCCUUGUGUUCAGAGAACGAUUUAAAGGAAAUUGGAGUUCCUCUGGGACCCAGAAAGAAAAUCCUCAGCUUUAUGAAGAAAAGAGCUCUUCAGCAGGAGAGCAGUGUAAAAGCCCAGCUGCAGACAGACAGUCUCCAGGGGCCCAGAGUAGAGUGUGGCUCCCUGGAGUCGGGGGUGCUCAGCACAGGGGGGAACCCCCCCAUCCUGAGACCCCUCUCCAGCAGCAGCAUCAGCCCAGUGGACUACGAGUACUUUGAUGUGGGAAUUGGACAGCUGAACUUGGGAACUGGCACAGGGCAGGUUUCCAUCAAUUACCCCCAGCUGGCCUUUGAGCCGGAGACCUUCUUUGCCUUUGGCUCGCCCAUCGGCAUGUUCCUCACAGUGCGGGGGCUCAAGAGAAUCGACCCCAACUACAGGUUCCCUACCUGCAAGAGCUUCUACAACAUUUACCAUCCUUUUGACCCAGUGGCCUACAGGAUUGAGCCGAUGAUUGUCUCUGACAUGGAGAUCGAACCCAUGCUGAUACCGCAUCACAAAGGCAGGAAAAGAAUGCACCUUGAGUUGAAGGAAAGCCUGACUCGUAUGAGCACAGAUUUGAAGAACAACGUGAUGGGCUCUUUGCGUACAGCCUGGCAGUCCUUCACCCGGAUCCCCAUCCCUGCACUGCCCCCGCAGGUGGAGGGACAAACUGCAGCCGAGAUCCAACCCCUGGACAAAGAAGCAGAAAGGGUUAAAGUGAAAAAGUCUCAGUUUUGGAAAAAUGUUCUGGACUGGCCAAAAGUAAUGCUUUUUAAAUUCACCCAAGGCGAUAGAACAGAAGAGCCCUACAGCCCCUCGAAGCAGGACGAAGAAGAGCAUAUAAAGAUCGGGAUGCUGAACGGAGGCCGGCGCAUUGACUAUGUCCUGCAAGAGAAACCCAUCGAGAGUUUCAAUGAGUAUCUUUUUGCACUCCAGAGUCACCUCUGCUACUGGGAAUCUGAAGAUACAGCUUUGCUAGUCCUCAAGGAGAUCUACCAGGCCCUGGGAAUCAGCUUGCAGAACCCUCAGCAAUAUUAAUCUCAAAAAUUGUGGAUCGACUCACAGAUUCCUCUAUGGAGGAGCUGCAGCAAAGAACUAUCCUACUGUUCUUUAACUCCUAAUCAACAGUCCGUUACACUGCAUGAAGGAAACCCGAGGAGUCACAAUAUUCAUAGGUUUACAUUCACAUUCAUUACUGGGUUUCUCCAUUUUUUUGGCUGCUAUUGCUGUAUAUUACCGAAAAAGCACCUUGCCUCCACAUUGGCAGUCCUUUCAGUUAUUUUAAUCCUGUUCAAGUGUGAGGGUCUAGCCUCUCCAAAUUAUCACUACACGGUAACUAACAAAAAAUGGUUGUCUUUUUAAACUUGUUCUAACUGUUUAAUUUUUUUCUGUUUUCUGUACUUCUGCAUGACAACUGUACCAAUCUGCCAAAAAAAAUCAAUUAAAAAAAACGACAUUACAAACAAUUCCAUCUCAACACCUAUGCUGACGUCCCAUGCCUGCAUCAACAACUGUGUUCGGAUAUUUUAAAAAGAAAAAAAGUACUGCCUUGAUUUCUAUUAGAGCUAGGUAAUUGCAUCGCGAUUUCUGUGUAACAUCAUGUGUGACCGCAUACAGUAGUUUUUAUACACAUUUUUAAAGUUAGUCUUUUCUUUCCAUCAACCGAAAUAGUCUGGUUCCAUUCUAUGGGCGUGUUACAUACCCAGAUUUCUCUAAACGUAGCUGUAAUGUAGCAAUGAUCCCCGCCUUUAAUUCCUUUAGGGAAGGUGGGGGACAGGGUGGUUAUGUGCACACUGUUCUGCAGAAUUACCAAUAUAGUCCUCACUUUUGAGAAACGUCAUUCAUUUCAUAGAUAUGGAAGCCAGCCUGACACUUAGCCCUCAAUCUGAUGUCUGUCUUUACCAUUGUGACUGAAACUGCCUUGCAACAGGAAGAUGCAGCUUUUAUAUAUUACAAAAUACUAUAUACAUCUUUUACCACAUUGCACCUAUCACAGGUCUUGUGUUCUUUCCAAACCAUGUAGUGCAUUCAUCAUAGCUUUUAUAUUUAAUUAAAAAAAAAAAAAUCCUUCUAAAUCUUAACCAGUUUAAUAAUACUGUAUUUUCAAUAUAAGAGCAAUCCAAGCAACUGCCCUCUCAAUAGAUGUUAGAACAAAAAUGAAUGGCUUCUCUUAUUAAACUUAACCUUUACUGAUAGCAUUUACCUGCAAUUGAUCCAUUAGCAGCAAUCGUGAAAGAAGGGAUUCUGUAAUCUGAACAGCAUUUGAUUGUAGUUUACUACAGCUAUCUUUCAACUCAUUUGGAGUACUGUCUACAAUUGACAUUACAUUCAAAGAAAAUUAUAUAUAUAAUACACACUGCUUGGAAACUUUAUUAGGACAUUCACCUAAUACUGGGUAGGGCCACCGUUUACCCUGAUCACAACCUUUUUGUGCAGAGAGGUAGGCGGAGGAUCGUGAUGAUGAAUGCGUCCAUCAAGUUCAUCCCAAAAUGUGCUCGAUCAGAUUGAAAUCCUGGGAUUACUGUGGCCUGGUGGAUGGGGUCAUUAUUGUCUUGAAAGUAGCCAUCGCCGUCAGGGUGCAAGUGCAACAGUGUUGGGUGGAUUUGAUCUGCAAUGAUGCCCCACACCAGAUCCAAUUGGGUCCACAGGUCCUAAUAUAUAGAUGCUACUCUAAAUCUGCUAAGUAUCGCUUACCUGUAAAAAUUGAACCAAACCCAAAUCCUGAUCAUGCAUGUCUCCUGAGAUCCUCAAAACAUGCAGCUGUAGAUAGUCUCAGCUUUGGGUGACUUGCAGUUGAUUGUUCAUGUGAUAACCAUGCAUUUUCACCAGGGUGUUCAGUUUUGUUUAAAAAACAAAGCUGAAGGUGCUGCAGGCUCAUGGGAGGGGGAUGUUAUGGGCUGGUGCGUCCCAAUGUCAAGUGGCAGCAGGGUUGAGACGUGAUCCAUGGCAGAUUUUGAGUAGUAGAUAUUAAAAAAGUGCCCAUAUGUAUUGGCACCUUCUAUCAGUUAUGAGUAUGAUGCAUUAGAUGUUUUCUAUAAAAUUUGCAAACAAUACGCACACAAAAAAAUCUUUGUUAUGAUUUGUGUCCUGAGCCAUAACAGAGCUUCUUGAUGUCAUUAUUUUAUAACCUCAUUAUUUUAUAACCUCAUUUUUUUUUACACCUAAAAUGUGUCUGUCCACAAAGCUUGCAUUCUGAUUGAGUGUACAGAAAGCGAAACUGUGGAAUAACACAGCAAACGGCCACCAAUAAAUUAUACUCACACUAACCUGUGCUACCCUAAGCCCCUUUGGUUGCAUUUCAAGACCGUUUACCUGAAAAUACACCACAUGAAAAAGUUUUGUUCCUGAGGACAGUGACAAGAAUAAAGAGUGCAGUGGUGUAAAUGUGCACUUUAUUGUAUUUUGUAAUGAAAUUAAAUUAUUAUUAUUAUUAUUUGUCAUAUAUUUACUUUGUUGUGUAUACUAUAAUAAACCUCAACAAAAUUGUUUGAA